GUAAGUCUUAAAAUCUAGUAACAUUUAAUGCGAAGAUCCAUACGAGUGAGUCCACGACGUCUCGUCUCCUCCUCUAUCAAACACCUUUUAUCAUAAGCUUUUAAACGUGUCGUUACCAUAGGGAUGAUGGAGCGCAUUAUACUAGUUUUGGAUUCAGACACGUGGUUAGAGUUCAUUGGCUUGUUUAGUUAAACUGUGUGUUGUUGUUGUUUACACAACCAAGACUUAAACUAAAGAAAGACUAGCAGAGCCAACUAACCCCAAAGGAAAACAAAAUCCCUUCUCUUCUCCGUCGUGGUCGGUUGCAAAAGGAAGGGAGGGAGAUGGCUGGUGAAGAGGAAGUUGUAUCUGUUGAGCUACCUGCACCUUCUUCUUGGAAGAAAUUGUUUUACCCCAACAAAGUGGGGACAGUGAAGAAGACGGAGAUUGUGUUUGUUGCUCCAACGGGUGAGGAGAUCAGUAACAGAAAGCAGCUGGAGCAGUAUCUCAAAUCUCACCCUGGAAACCCCGAGAUCGCAGACUUUGAUUGGACGACUAGUGGGACACCUAGGAGAUCUGCAAGAAUCAGUGAGAAGACCAAGGCAACGCCUUCACCUGAUAAGGAGCCACCAAAGAAGCGAGGUAGAACCAAAUCUUCAGGGUCAAAGAAAGAUACAGAAGCUGAGAAAUCAGAGGAAGUAGGAGAGGAAAAAUCUAAUGUGCAAGAAGAUACUGAAAUGCAUCCUUCAGAGGGUAACGCCGAGAAUAAGAAUGCAACUGUUAAGAAUGGCUCUGGUGAAACAGAGAAAUUGAGUGAAGCAAAAGACGACAUGGUUGUUGAGGGAACUCAGAAUGCGGCUCCAGUUCAAGAAUCAAGUGAGUCGAUGAAGGAGAAAGCAUUGGAUAUAGUUGAUGAUAGUAGUAAGGAGAGAGUGGAGACUGGCGUAACCGAAAAGAACUCAGUUGAAACAGAGAAUAACACCUUUGAAGCUAGUAUUGGUGAGGAGAAGAAGGAAACUGCAGGCGAAGGAGCACCAGAUUCUGAAGGCAAGACCAGAAACCAUGAGGGAAAUGGGUUGACAACAGAAGUUGAGGGGAAAGAGAUAACGACAGAAGCAGAAGCUAAAGCUAAUGAAUAGCCCUGCACUGCUCUGCCUCUGGUAACUCAUGAACUGUAAGUCAGUUGUUUCUAUCAAUCUAUUUGAAGUUAUCUUUUUUUUUUGUAAUCUAAUCAGAGCAUUAUCCCGGUAAAAGAUGUUGUUAAGCUGAGAUAUGUAAUAUGAGAUGACUGCAGUAAUAUGUGCAAGUGCAAGUGCUGGUAGGUUAAAAAUAUUAUGUAGAGAAGGAUAUUAUUGGCCCUUCUGUAAAACCAUUGCAACCACUAUGACUAUGUGUUGGUGUUUAUCUUACUUCUGCAAUCUUUAGUUUUAUUUUACA